AUGUUGGCCGAAAACCCCAAGACAUCGACAUCGAUCGGGCUACGAUUUUCCCCGUUGUCAACAAGCUUCUCGGACUCAUCACCGCAGCCAACCAACUCCCUCUUUGUGUGUCCAGCAGCAGCCACUGCCACUGUCCUCGAUUUGAGCCCGUCACCACUCCAAUGA